UCUAGUGCUGCACGAGUAAAUCUUUCCACUCUGCACAAAGGAGAAAAGCUUCGCAAGAUAUGAUUUUUGUUUUCUGACAUUUUUGUGACAAGUGACAGAGAAAGAAAGAACAAAGUUUCCAGCCGAGAUGUUCCCUCUUUUCUGAAUCAGCAGAGAUCAAGAUGUUGUGGGAUUUCAUGUGGGAGUAUCUAAUGCAGUGGUUACACCUACAAUUGCAGUGGAGGCUGCUUCUCUCAACACAUGGAAUCCAAUGAAUGCCACACGACAAUGUUGCAGAAACAAGAGAUACCAGCUGUGGGAUGACACUGAAAUCUCACAGUUGGCUUGACGUAUUUAUUGUCACAUGCGAUCCGACUCCCCGAGUGCGGGUCUGCAGAUGCAUGUCACCGUGAACUCGCGGGGCUGUGAUCCGGAUGAAAGAUGGAGUAGGGUUUUGCUUGGUGGAAGGGUCGGAGCACGAAGGGUCCAUGCACGUGGCUCUUAAUAUCUUUUGCCUCUCCAACACUGACAGCAAUGAUCAUAUUCUUUGGAUGGAUCGAAGAGUGGUUUCAGUUUCACUCUCAGGGAAACACCCCAAAAGACCACACGUUUUGAUGCUAAGAACAACUUUCCUGAGACCAAAAAGGCUGGUUUGUACCGAACGACAGUGCUUUGUCGUCGUCAGCAUCGUAACGCAGGGUGAAACCAACCUCUAUUUAUGCCCACACCGCUCCCUCCCUGCCUCCUCGCACAGAUCCAACCUCUCCUCUCGUCGUGCGGGGGGGAAUGGCGCUGCUUGAGCUGGUUUUGGUUGCUUUUGCCUCGCUGCUCUCUGCUGGGGAGGGGUACGGAGGAAGAGGACGGUGGAGCAGAGCACAUGCCACCUUCUACGGAGGAAGUGAUGCGUCAGGGACGAUGGGAGGAGCUUGUGGCUAUGGCAACUUGUACAGCCAAGGGUAUGGAACCAACACCGCAGCUCUGAGCACUGCCCUCUUCGGCGACGGCCUCAGCUGUGGAGCUUGCUACCAGAUUGUGUGCGUGAAAGACCGCCGGAAUUGUUUGCGAGGAUCCGUUGUGGUCACCGCCACCAACUUCUGCCCACCCAACAGCGCCCUCCCAAACGACGCCGGUGGGUGGUGUAAUCCCCCCCUGCAGCACUUCGACCUAUCUCAGCCCGUGUUCCUCCGCAUCGCUCAGUACAGAGCUGGAAUCGUGCCGGUUGCAUACCGCAGGGUCCCCUGCAGGAAGAGAGGCGGCAUCAGGUUCACCGUCAACGGCCACUCCUACUUCAACCUGGUGCUCAUCACCAACGUCGGAGGAGCAGGCGACGUGCAUGCGGUGGCCGUCAGGGGAGCCAGGACGGGGUGGCAGUCCAUGUCCAGGAACUGGGGCCAGAACUGGCAGAGCAACGCCUUCCUCGACGGCCAGUCCCUCUCCUUCAAGGUCACCACCAGCGACGGCCGCUCCGUCGUCUCCUACGACGUGGCUGCUGCAACCUGGUCCUUCGGACAAACCUUCAGCGGUGGCCAAUUCCACUGAGAAGCACAUGUGACGUGCUUCACGUUAGAGAGUAACCCAUAAUUCUAAGCAUAGAGUGAUGGAUGAAGAUUAAAAGGGCUUAUUUUACCUUGGCCUUUCAUGGUGUUAGAGUCUGUGUGGAAGCCUUAUAUCAAUGGCUUGCUGUUCUUAGAGGAGAAGACACAGCUUAAGAAGCUGCUCGCCUUCUUAGGGAGUAGUCAGAAAGUGGUGGCAUUCUACCUCUCAUUUCUCCUGAGGCGCAUCUGAAGAGAAGGCUUCUUCUCUGUGACUCAUCGUCACCACUGCUUGUAUCAUGUCAUUUAUGCAAGUGAAGUUAUAUGGCAGAUUAAUGAUGCUUGUUAUGC